AUGAUUUUCAAAGCCCCCAUCCUCGUCUGUGUGUUGUUCCUCGUGCUAUCUGCAAUAGACCUGUAUUCUUGUGUGCAUGUUGUAUCUUUAAAUGAAGGAAACUUUUCGCACGAGCUUGAGGGGUGUGGACAUUGCAAUAAGCUGAAGCCAAAGCUUGAGGAGGCAGCAAAAACAGUCUCCCAACUUGGCUUUAAUAUUUACUCGGUCAGCUGUGAGGAUGAUUCGCAACUAUGUCAAAAAUUCCAGAUUUCCGGAUACCCUUCUCUAAUCCUAUUCCACAACGCAAUUCGCGUCAAAGAUUAUCCAAAUAACGCUGCUAGAGAAGUUCCCGAAAUUGUUGAAUUUAUCAAGAAGGAAAACAGCCCGGCAUUCUCGACGAUCAAUUCUGAUGAAGAUCUUGCUGCCAUGCUUUCAGACAAAACAGCAUACUCCGUCAUUGCAAUCAUUCCUGAAGAUCAUCCAAAAAAGCUCGAGGCUAUUGAAAAAGUUGGAGCCAUGGCCAGAGCCAACAGAGACUUGGCCUCGUUUGCCAUUACCCAUCUUUCCAAAAGCGACCAUUUGAAGCCAUAUCCUGAGGCAACCUUUUUAAUUAUCUCUGAAAAUAUUACCCAUCUGACCAGCGACCUUUUGAAAGACGAUGUUCUUACGCAGGUUCAUCGUUUGAAACUCCCUCUGUAUGGAAAGCUUGACGAAGAGACGUAUCAGUCGUAUUCUGAGGCAAAGCUUCCAAUUGGGUUCUUGUUUGUGACGCCAGAAGAGGCCGAAACAUACAAGGAAAUGAUGACCGAUAUUGCAAAAAAGUUUUCCGAUUUGAUCUCUAUCGUUUGGUUUGAUUCCACCAUUUAUGGAAUAUAUGCCAACACGCUUGGUCUGUCUGGAAUGAAAUUUCCUUGCUUUGCAAUCCAUGACAUGGAAACCGGAUUUAAAUUCCCAUUUUCCGAAGACGUUCCGUUGGACUCUGAUCAUAUUUCCAACUUUAUUGAGGAAGUUUUUGCCGGAAAAAUCUCGCCUUAUUACAAAUCGGAGCCGAUUCCAGCCCACAAUGAUUCCGCUCCCGUUCAAAAGCUUGUGUUCAACAGCUUGAGCACGGUGCUUAACUCAUCCAAGGCCGUUUUUAUCAAUUUUUGUGUGCCCAACCACGAAGGAUGCAUUGCCUUUGCCCCAAACUACCUUGAAUUGGCCAAUUCGUUCAAGGACCAACAUGAUAAAGUCCUUUUUGUCGAAUUUGACUUGAAUCAAAACGACCUACCUCUUGAGAUCGAGUCCACCAUAGAAAAGAUCCCCGCUCUUUAUCUGUAUUUGCCCGAAACAAAGUCCUUCAGUGAAUUUGUCAAAUUUGAGGGCAAGCCUUACAAAACAAAGCUUGCUGAAUUUCUCGUGGCCAGUUGCACGCAUGGACUAAAGUCUGUUGUUGUUGACUCGGAUGACCAUAUAUCGCAAAAUUAUGAAAGCAAUCAUGGAUAUUUUGACCAUGAUGAUGCAGACUCUGGAUUUGGAAGCGAUUCGAUGGACUUUGAAGAGCCUAGCCAUGAUGAUGUGUAG